UUGUUCCAGGGAAGGCACCAGGAGACAGUUGUGCUGCACACAGCUUGGUACCCGCAGCUAUGCAGAGCCCCAUGUCCUGUGCCAUGCUCCUGGGGCAACCCUGACACCCCCUCAACUGCUGGAUUACAAGGGGGACUUGACAUCUUCUCCAGGCUGCAGAGGAUUGCAUGGGCGUCUAUGCAGACAAUGCAAGAAGCAUCUGCCAGGGGGACCAUCUAAAGGUUUUCGGGCAAUGUGUGGGCAUCAUCCCUGUGUCCUGUGCUGAUGUGGAUCUGGAUGGACAAAGCUCAUGGUUUACAGAGGUCUACAUUGUCUCUGCAGCUGAAGGUGCUUGGAUGCUUCUCAAGAGUCCUGAGAUCUGUGCUUAGUUCUACUUGUCUGAAGUGGUGACUGCACUGCGGGAUGUGUGGCUGGACUAAACCCCUGGAUAUACAAGUGAGAUCAGCAUCAUCAUCUGCACUUUCUACACUCAGUGCUGUCCCUAUAACAGUCGGAUGCAUUGCUUUCACUAGAACGCAGUAAGUGGAUGCUUUAACACCUUUGUGAUACCCUGCAUGGACUUGCAUGGACAACAUGAGUCCCCUAUGUGUAAGGACAGCUAACCCCCAUGAACUUUCACUCAUGCAUUUCUUAGUGUCUCUUUUGUUAAUCUCUGUGCCCGGAGCAUCAGGCAGCUCCCAACCUCGACAGAUAUUCCAAGUUCUGGAGGAGCAGCCGUCAGGGACCUAUGUAGGCACUAUCAGCACUAAACCAGGGUUUACCUACAGACUGAGCGAAUCUCAUGCACUGUUCAGCAUUAACUCCUCUUCUGGCUCUAUAUACACCACCUCGACCAUAGACAGAGAGAGUCUUACCAGUGAUGUUAUCAAUUUGGUUGUUCUGUCUAGUCAGCCGACAUAUCCCACUGAAGUUCGUAUUACAGUCCUGGAUAUCAAUGACAAUUCACCUGUGUUUCCUGAUCCCUCCAUCGUGGUGUCUUUUAAAGAGGAUACACAAGGAGGAAGGCAAGUUAUCCUGGACACUGCAACUGAUUCCGAUGCUGGUACCAAUGGUGUAGAUCACCGCUCUUACCGUAUCGUGUCGGGAAAUCAGGAUGGCCGCUUCAAAUUGGGAAUUACAGUUAAUCCAAGUGGGGAUGGUGCUUUUCUCCAUUUAAUGUCACAAGGUCCAUUAGACAGAGAGACUGUUCCAUGUUAUUAUUUGGUGGUUGAAGUCGAAGACAAAGGUACACCCAAAAAAGUAGGCCACUUACAAGUUAAUGUAACAGUGCAGGAUAUCAAUGACAACCCACCAAUGUUUAGUAGUUCUCAGUACAGAGCUAGAGUUGAAGAAGAUGCUCCUGUGGGUUCAAGUGUUCUUAAAGUAGAGGCCACUGACAGAGAUGAAGGGGAUAAUGCUGCAAUUUUAUACCAACUUGCAGAAGGAACCCCUUUUCAGAUUGACCCAGAAAGUGGACUUGUUACCAUUAGGGAACCAUUGGACUAUGAAAGUCAACAACAAUAUACUCUAAGCAUCGAGGCCAAAGACCUUGGAGCCCCACCACUAAUCGGCCGCUCUGAAGCCGUCGUCUCCUUGAUUGAUGUUAAUGAUAAUGAUCCUGUUGUAAAGUUCCGCUAUUUCCCUGCCAACUCACGUUAUGCAUCGGUGGAUGAGAAUGCACAGGUUGGCACUGUGGUGGCUCUACUUACUGUCACUGACUCAGACUCACCUGCUGCAAAUGGAAAUGUCACAGUGGCUAUACUAGGAGGAAAUGAGCAGCGCCACUUUGAGGUACAGACGUUGAAGGUGCCCAACUUAAGCCUAAUCAAAGUGGCGAGCGCACUGGACCGAGAGCGCAUACCUUCUUACAACUUGACUGUAAGUGUGUCUGAUCAGGGUCAUCCUAGGCCAAGGUCAUCAGUGGCUAGCCUUGUCAUCUAUGUGAAUGAUAUCAAUGAUCAUCCGCCAGUCUUCCAGGAGCCGCAAAGUAAAGUGGAAAUCAAUGAGGACUUACCACCUGGUUCUUAUAUCUGUGGAGUUUCAGCUACAGAUGGGGAUACUGGCCUCAAUGCCAACCUACGAUACUCCAUUGUAUCUGGAAAUAAGCUGGGAUGGUUUUCCAUCAGUGAAAACAGUGGACUGGUGACCAGUAUAGCCACUUUAGACCGUGAAACAGCUCCACAGUUGCUUCUUAAUAUCAGUGCACGGGAUCAAGGCCCUCAACCAAAAACAAGUUAUGCUACUUUACUUGUGAAUCUCUUGGAUGUAAAUGAUCAAAGGCCCACAUUUGCUGGCCUUCAAGGGGAUAACCAUCAGUGGGUCUCCAUACCAGAAAAUUCCCUUAUUGGUACUGAACUGAUCACACUAAAGGCCAUGGAUGGUGAUCUUGGAAGCAAUGGCACUAUCCGUUUCUACCUUGAUUCUGAUAACCCAAGCCCAUGCCAAGCAUUGUUCCGCCUGGACCCUUUAUCUGGCCUGCUUAGUACAAGAGCAGAGAUGGACAGGGAGCAUCAAGAAAACUGUACUUUGGCAGUGCUGGCUACUGAUCUCGGAUCCCCACCCCUUUCAUCCUCAGCUAAAAUCACUGUUACUCUAUUGGAUGUAAAUGACAAUAGUCCUGUUUUUUAUCCUGUGCAGUACUUUGCCAACAUUCAAGAGAAUGAACCACCUGCAAGUUUUGUUAUUGCAGUGACGGCAGCUGAUUCUGACUUGGGUAUAAACGGCACAGUCAAAUAUUCCAUUAAAGUAGGGGACACUUCCAAAUUCCAAAUCAAUGCUGAGACAGGAGUUAUUACUACAAAGGCUGCUUUAGACAGGGAGGAAAAAACAGCUUACCAGCUAAAGAUUCUAGCCACUGAUGGAGGAGGCCUACAAUCUCAUAAUCAUGCCAUUGUCACUAUCACUGUGCUAGACACCCAGGACAACCCACCUGCCUUUACCCAGGACACAUAUACUUUUGUUAUGUUUGAAAAUGUGCCUUCAGGAUAUAAUGUCGGAACCGUUACAGCAACCACUAUGGAUCUUAAUACAAAUAUCACAUACCUUAUAACUACAGGGGACCAAAAGGGGAUUUUUACAAUAGAUAAGAACAAUGGACUGAUCAUGACAGCAGGUGUGGUUGAUCGAGAAGAACAGGGCUCUUACCACCUUAAGAUUGUGGCCACCGGUGGGGCAGUAACUGGUGAAGCCAUUGUUAAUAUCACAGUCAAAGACUUGAAUGACAAUGCUCCCCACUUUCUGCAUGCGGUGGAAAGUGUAAAUGUGGUAGAAAACUGGAAAACGGGUCACAUUAUCUUUCAAGCUAAGGCCAUUGAUCCAGAUGAAGGUGUAAAUGGCAGGAUUGCUUACAGCUUAAAACAGAACCCUCUAGACUUGUUUCAAGUGGAUCAAGUCAGUGGUGCAGUGAGCAUAACCGGAGUCUUAGAUGUCAAUGCUGGAUCAUACCAAGUAGAAAUUUUGGCAUUAGACAUGGGUGUUCCUCAGCUGUCUUCCAGCUUUAUAUUAACUGUCUCUGUACAUGAUGUCAAUGAUAACCCUCCUGUCUUUGACCAAAUUUCAUAUGAAGUUACUCUCUUAGAGUCUGAACCAGUUAAUUCAAGGUUCUUUAAAGUGCAUGCAUCUGACAAAGAUUCCGGGGCCAAUGGGGAGAUUACAUAUCAUAUUACAGAUGGGAAUGUGGGGGAUGCAUUUGGAAUAUUUCCUGAUGGACAGUUAUAUGUAAAGAGUGAACUGGACAGAGAAGUGAAAGAUAUAUAUGUUUUGGUUAUUACUGCUUCAGACAGAGCUGUAGAACCCCUUAGAGCCACAGUAAAUGUUACCAUAAUUCUUGAGGAUGUCAAUGAUAAUAGACCAUUAUUUAAUAGCACAAACUAUGUUUUCUACUUUGAAGAGGAACAAAGAGGUGGGUCAUUUAUUGGUAGAGUCUUUGCGGUGGAUAAGGACUUUGGGUCUAAUGGUGACAUCAUGUAUGCAUUUGAAACUAUGCAACCAGACUUUGAACUGAACACCAUAACAGGGGACAUAACCAGCACGCAUCAAUUUGACAGAGAGACUCUUAUGAGACAAAGGGGAGCAGCCACAUUUACUCUUAAACUGGUCUCAACUGACCUAGGUUUACCCAAACCACUGAAAGAUCAAGCUACUGUUCAGAUCUACAUUAAAGACAUCAAUGAUAACUCUCCUAAAUUCUCCAAAGAGCUCUACCAAGCCAGUAUAUCCGAAUUAGCAGCCAACAUGACCCCAGUGUUACGUGUCUCUUCUUCUGAUGUAGAUGAGGGAAAUAAUGGCCUAAUAAGCUAUUCCAUUAUCAAAGGAAAUGAGGAAAAUCAUUUUUCUAUUGACAGCAGCACAGGGCAGGUAUCCCUGAUAGGGAAAUUGGAUUAUGAAGCCACAGCUGCCUAUUCUAUUAUCAUCCAAGGUGUGGAUUCUGGGAAUGCCCCCUUAACCUCAACAUGCACCUUAAGUAUUGAUAUACUUGACGAAAAUGAUAACACGCCUUCUUUUCCCAGGUCAGCCCUAUUUAUAGAUGUCUUAGAAAAUAUGAGGGUUGGAGAACUGGUGUCUUCAGCUGCAGCUACAGAUUCUGACUCUGGCGACAAUGCUGAUAUUCACUAUAGUAUUACAGGGACUAAUAACCAUGGGACCUUCAGUAUUAGUCCCAACACUGGAAGCAUCUUCCUGGCCAAGAAGUUGGACUUUGAAACACAGUCCUUAUACAAACUAAACAUCACAGCGAAAGAUAAUGGCAGGCCACCCCGCUCCUCUACCAUGUCGGUUGUCAUACAAGUCAGGGACUUCAAUGACAACCCACCCAGCUUUCCAGACGGAGACAUCUUCAAGUCAGUAACUGAGAAUGUCCCUAUUGGUACCUCCAUUUUGACUGUGACUGCCACUGAUCCUGAUGCUGACAUCAAUGGUGAACUCAACUAUGCCAUCAUCCACCAAAAACCAAGGGGCAGUCAUUUUGUCAUUGAUGAGGUGCGAGGCAUCGUUUUCACCAAUGCAGAAAUUGACCGAGAGUUCUCCAAUCUUUUUGAACUUACUGUAAGAGCCAGUGACCAAGCUGUACCCGUUGAGACCAGAAAAUAUGCCCUGAAAAACAUAACCAUAUUAGUUAAUGAUAUCAAUGACAAUGUUCCUACCUUUGUUUCCCAGAAUGCUUUUGCUGCAGAUCCUUCUCUGGUUAUUGGCUCUGUCCUGACCACAGUUACAGCUUUUGACCCCGACGAGGGUCCAAAUGGGGAGAUAGAAUAUGAAAUUGUCAAUGGAGACACUGAGACUUUCAUUGUGGACCGUUACAGCGGGGACUUAAGGGUGGCCUCUGCCAUGGUUCCAUCACAUCUUAUCUACCACCUUAUUGUGGCCGCCACCGACUUAGGACUUGAAAGAAAGAGAACAACCACCGAGCUAACCAUUAUUCUUCAAGGCACCGAUGGCCCAGUCUUUACCCAGCCAAAAUAUAUAACUAUUUUAAAAGAGGGGGAACCUGUUGGUACAAAUGUAAUAUCCCUUGACGCAUCCAGUUACCGAGGCUCAGAGACUACAGUGGAAUACUUCAUUGUUUCCGUAAAAUGUGAAGGCAAAACUGUUGGCCGCUUAUUCACCAUUGGGCGCAAUACGGGUGUCAUCCAAACUGCUGCCGUUCUGGACAGGGAGCGCGGAGCAAAGCUAUACCUGCUGGAUGUGUAUGCCAUUGAGAAAGAAAGCAGUUUCCCCAGGACUCAGAAAGCAGAGGUGGAAAUCACACUUCAGGAUAUAAAUGACAACCCACCGGUAUUUCCAACAGAUAUUCUUGACCUAACUGUAGAAGAGAACAUUGGAGAUGGAUCCAAAAUAUUGCAGUUAACUGCAACAGAUGCUGAUGAGGGUCCUAACGCACUGGUAACUUAUACGAUUAUUAGUGGUGCUGAUGACAGUUUCCGUAUUGACCCAGAGUCAGGAGAUUUGAUAGCAACCAAACGCUUGGACAGAGAACGCCGCUCCAAGUAUUCUCUGCUAGUUAGGGCAGAUGACGGUCUUCAGUCUUCAGAUAUGAGGAUAAAUAUCACAAUAAGUGAUGUCAAUGAUCACAUCCCAAAAUUUAGCAGAGCUGUCUAUUCUUUUGAUGUAGCAGAAGACACCAUGGCAGGCUCCAUUGUUGCUGCAAUAUUGGCCACAGAUGAUGACUCUGGUAUUAAUGGAGAAAUCACCUAUACCGUUACCGAUGAUGAUGAAGAUGGCAUGUUCUUUUUGAAUCCUGUAACUGGAGUAUUCAACGUAACGCGUGCAUUGGAUUUUGAAGUACAACAGUAUUACAUUCUCAUGGUGUGUGCACAAGAUGGAGGUGGACAGUCCUCAUGUGUUAGAGUCUAUUUCAAUAUAUUGGAUAUUAAUGACAACCCUCCAGUCUUCAGCUUGAGCUCCUAUAGCACCUCUGUAAUGGAGAAUUUACCGAUUGGAUCAACAAUUUUCACCUUCAAUGUGACUGAUUCAGAUGAAGGGUUGAACUCUAAGUUGUUAUACAGUAUAUCUUCAGGAGACAGUAUGGGCCAGUUUCAAAUUAACAAAGAUGGAGCCUUAAGUAUUCUUCAGAAUCUGGACCGAGAAAUCCAGUCCUUCUAUAAUCUAGUGGUACAGGUUCAUGACUUGGCCCCUCCACCAGCAUACAGAUACACAAGCACCGUGGAAGUGUCCAUCAUUUUGCUAGAUGUCAAUGAUAAUCCACCAAGCUUCACAUCUCCAAAGUUGACUUAUGUCCAAGAGAAUACGCCUACUGAUACUAUUGUAUUCCGUGCUCAAGCCACAGAUCCUGACAGUGGACCAAACUGCUAUGUCCAGUAUUCAUUGCUUAGCUCUUUGGGCAAUAAGUUCAGUAUCGGAAACAUUGAUGGUGAGGUGCGACUGACAGGGGAACUGGAUCGAGAAGAUAUUUCAAACUAUACUUUAACAAUUAUAGCUACCGAUAAAGGAGAACCUUCACUUUCUUCUUCUGUGGAUGUAGUAGUCAUGGUUCUUGAUAUUAAUGACAAUAAUCCUCGCUUUUCACAAAGUCUCUUUAAAGUGGAGAUAAGCGAGAACAUACUAACUGGAACAGAUCUCAUUCAGGUGAUGGCAACGGAUACAGAUGAAGGAAUAAAUGGCAUGGUUCGGUAUACCAUUAUAGAUGGAAAUCCAAGCAAUGAAUUUAGGAUUGACUCAGUAACUGGAAUGAUAUCAAUAGGCAAACCUUUGGAUCGCGAGAGGAAAUCCUCAUACACCUUGGUCAUCCAGUCAUCAGAUCGUGGCAGUAAUCCACGGACAGACACAACCACAGUCAGCAUUGUCCUUACUGAUGUUAAUGACGUGGUUCCAAAAUUUGAAUUGUCUCCCUAUUCAGUAAAUGUGCCAGAGAACUUAGAUGUAUUACCCAAGACUGUACUCCAGGUUGUUGCCAGAGACGAUGACCAGGGGCUUAACAGUAGAUUGACGUACGCUCUUGCUUCUGGUAAUGAGGAUGGAGCCUUCAGAUUGUCAUCCAAUGGACAACUUAGUGUGGUGAAGAGUCUGGAUCGAGAGAUGAAAGAACAAUAUAUAUUACUUAUCACGGCUGCUGAUUCAGGAUUUCCUGCCCUUACCGGAACUGGCACGAUAAUCGUCAACAUAGAUGAUGUCAAUGACAACAAACCUGCAUUUGCCUUAAGUCAGCAUUUCAUAAGUAUCCCAGAAGAUGCCCCCACUGGCACAGACGUUCUUCUGGUCAGCUGUUCUGAUCCUGAUGCGGGCCUGAACGGUGUUGUUCGCUACAGUCUGGUUGGUGGGAAUUCCCAGUUUACCAUUAACCCUUCUACUGGUCAGAUCAUCAGCAGCUCAUUGUUAGACAGAGAAGUGAAGGACAAUUAUACGCUUCUUAUUGUGGCAACUGAUGGUGGCUCCCCGAGCUUAUCCAGUUCAACCAGUGUAACUGUGAAUAUUCUGGAUGUGAAUGAUAAUCCCCCAAGAUUUCUGCAUCACCCAUAUGUAACUCACAUACCGUCACCUGCAGCUUCAGAUUCCUUUGUGUUUGCGGUGACAGUGACUGAUGAAGACAUAGGCACAAAUUCAGAGCUUCAUUUUUCGUUAAAAGGCAGGCAUGCAGAUAAAUUCCACAUUGAUCCACUACGCGGUGCUAUAAGGACUGCCGCGCAACUAGAAGGAUCUUCAGAGAUAACAUUUUCUGUCCAAGUAAAAGAUAGCGGUGCUAACUAUAAAUCGGAUUCAACCACUGUGACUGUCCGGUUUGCUAACAAAGCUGACUUCCCACAGAUUAGAGCCGAACAGACAACAUUUGCAUUUUCAGAGAAUCAAGAAGUAGGAACAUUGGUAACAACGGUCUUUGGCUCAUCUACAAGAGGCGGAAGUUUAUCUUUUUACAUCGCCAGUGGCAACUUUGGUAACACAUUUCACAUUGAUGAAUUAAAUGGACAGCUUUACAUUAAGAACCCGUUAGACUUUGAAACCAUUUCCAAGUAUGUCCUAUGGAUUGAAGCUAGAGAUAUGGGAUUUCCACCAUUUUCCUCUUAUCAGAAGAUAGAAGUCAAUAUCCUAGAUGUUAACGACAAUGUACCACAAUUUAGGCAAGAUCCUUUCAUUGCAGAAAUAAUGGAGAACCUGUCUCCUCGCAGGAUACUUACAGUUUAUGCAAAAGACAAGGAUAGUGGACCCAAUGGUCAACUGGAUUAUGCAAUUAUUGACGGCAAUAAAGAUAACUUAUUUAGUAUAAACAGAGUUAGUGGGGAAAUAAGAAGUACAAGACUGCUUGAUCGAGAAAAGGUUUCUCAACAUAUUUUAUCCAUCAAAGCAUCCGAUAAAGGGACUCUUCCCCAAAGCUCAAUAGUCAAAGUAGUUAUCAACGUUUUAGAUGAUAAUGACAAUGCACCAAGAUUUUCUCAGAUAUUUAGUGCAUCAGUUCCUGAGAAUGCAGCUUUGGGCUACGUUGUUACACAAGUUACAACAUCAGAUGAGGACUCUGGAGCAAAUGCAAUAAGUAGGUACAUGAUUGUAGACACCAGUCUUCCUUUCCAUAUAAAUCCCAAUACAGGUGUGAUAACAGUAAGCAGACCAAUCAACAGAGAGGAUACUGACCGCUACAUUGUUCGAGUAUCUGCUCACGAUUCUGGAUGGACUGUAAGCACUGAUGUAACCAUAUUUGUGACAGAUGUGAAUGAUAAUGCUCCACGAUUUAGUAAGCCAUCCUACUAUCUAGACUUUCCAGAAACAACAGAGCCUGGAGUAAGGAUUACCCAAGUUUUAGCAUCUGAUCCUGAUGAAGGACUGAAUGGCCAAGUAUAUUACUUCAUCAAAUCUCAAUCUGAAUUUUUUAGGAUAAACGCUACAACAGGAGAGAUAUUUAACAAGCAGCAUUUGAAGUAUCAGAACCCUAGUUCAUCAGGAAACAUUAAUAUCAACAGACACAGUUUUAUCGUCAGUGCUUCUGACAGAGGUAGCCCUCCUCUCUCCAGUGAAACCACACUAUCAAUAAACAUUGUUGACAGCAAUGACAACCCCCCAAAAUUUAUGCAUAGUAAAUAUUUUACACCGGUAGCCAAAAAUGCAAAAAUUGGCACAAAACUAAUUAAAGUAACAGCUGUUGAUGAAAAAGACUUUGGACUGAAUUCUCAAGUGGAAUAUUCUAUGUCAGCUGAAAACUCUGGUGGAAAGUUUCAUAUAAACAAAGACUCUGGCUGGAUUAAUGUGGUCUCUUCUUUAAUGAUGGAUUUACACAAAAAUUUCAUGAUCAAAGUUACAGCAAAAGACAAAGGUAAUCCUCCGCUGUCAUCACAGGUAAUGGUUAACAUUACUGUAACUGAGGAAAACUACCAUACACCAGAAUUUUCUCAAAACCAUAUAAGCAUAACUGUCCCGGAAAGUUUUACAGUUGGAACAGUUAUCAGGACUGUAUCAGCAAGGGACAGGGAUACAUCUAUGAAUGGAGUGAUCACAUAUAACAUAACAGCAGGAAAUGAAGCUGGUCUCUUCGCUAUAAACACUUCCACAGGUGCAUUAUCUUUGUCCAAAAAUCUUGACUAUGAAGUGUGCCAAAAACAUGACUUAACCAUCAGUGCUGUUGAUGGAGGAUGGGUUGCGAAAACUGGUUACUGUGUUGUAACAGUACACGUUAAAGAUGUCAAUGACAAUCCUCCCAUUUUUCAGUCCGAGGACUAUAUGCCCAGUGUCAUGGAAAAUGCCCCAAGUGGCACAACAGUUAUACGCUUGAACGCAACUGAUGCAGAUUCUUCACCAAAUGCAGUUAUAGCUUAUUCCAUACAGUCUUCAGACAGUGACCUUUUUGUAAUUGACCCAAACACAGGUGUGAUCACAACCCAAGGUUUUCUUGAUUAUGAAACAAAGCAGUCUUACCACCUCACUGUGAAAGCAUUUAAUGUUCCCGAUGAAGAACGCUGCAGUUUUGUAACCGUUACAGUCCAGCUUCAAGGGACAAAUGAAUAUGUACCUCGAUUUGUAUCCAAAAUGUAUUAUUUUGAAAUUUCUGAGGCUGCUCCUAAAGGCACAGUAGUCGGAGAAGUUUUUGCAAGUGACCGGGACUUAGGGUUUGAUGGGGAAGUCCACUAUUUAAUUUUUGGCAGCAGCAGAAAAAAGGGCUUCCAGAUUGAGAGAAAGACAGGGAAGCUUUACGUUUCUGGCCAUUUAGACAGAGAAAAGGAAGAAAGAAUCUCACUAAAAGUUUUGGCAAAAAACAUAGGAAGUAUUCGUGGUGCUGAUAUAGAUGAAGUUAGUGUUAACAUUACUAUACUUGAUGCUAAUGAUCCCCCUGUCUUCAGCCUAAAAUUUUACAAUGUUCAGAUCAGUGAAGGCGUACCACCAGGUACUCAUGUCACAUUUGUUAGUGCCUUUGACUCUGAUUCAGUUCCUAGUUGGAGCCGGUUCUCUUACUUUAUUGGUUCUGGAAAUGAUAAAGGUGCCUUUUCAAUAAAUCCACAAACAGGCCAGGUUACUGUAACCAGUGAAUUGGACAGAGAAACCACACCAAUCUACAACCUUACUGUGUUAGCUAUUGACUCAGGAACACCUUCUGCAACAGGAAGUGCUACCCUUAUUGUAUCCCUAGAAGACAUCAAUGACAAUGGACCUGCUUUAUCUAUAACAGAAGGAGAAGUCAAGGAAAAUCACAGAGCAGGAACUCAUGUGAUGACACUACAAUCCACAGACAUGGACCUUCCUCCAAAUCAAGGUCCAUUUAAUUAUUUUCUUCUUAGUACUGGACCUGCUACCAGCUAUUUUAGCCUUAGUCCUGGUGGAGUGCUUACUACAACCAGAGAAAUUGAUAGGGAACAAAUCAAUGAGUUCUUCUUAUCUGUUGUGACACGAGAUUCUGGUUUUCCACAAAUGUCUUCCACAGGAACUGUACAUGUUAAAGUUAUUGACCAAAAUGACAACCCAUCUGAACCAAGGACAGUUGAAAUUUUUGUUCAUCAUUAUGGAAAUGUUUUUGCUGGUGGCACUUUGGGAAGUGUCAAACCUCAAGAUCCUGACAUUUUAGAUACCUUCCACUGCACUCUAACAUCAGGAGUUACCAGUCUUUUCAGUAUUCCAGCAGACAGUUGUGACCUCCAUUCUCAGUCAAGGUCUACUGAUGGGACAUUUGAUCUUAUGGUUCAUAGUAAUGAUGGUGUACACAGUGCAGUGACAAAUAAUGUCAGGGUUUUCUUUACAGGAUUUAGUAAUGCUACAAUUGAUAACAGCAUCCUUCUUAGGUUAAAUAUACCCACUGUUAAAGACUUUUUAACCAACAAUUACCUGCAUUUCUUGCGUAUAGCUAGUUCGCAGUUGACUGGACUAGGAACUGCAGUACAAGUAUGUGGCGUGUUUGAAAAGGAUAACAGGACUUACAUUAUGACUGCAGUGAAAAGAAACAAUAACAACUAUGUCAACCCAAGUGGAGUGGGCACUUUUUUUGAGAGCAUCAAAGAAGUUUUAUUUCGUCAAAGUGGAGUAUGGAUAGAAUCAGUAGAUCAUGACUCCUGUGCGCAUAAUCCUUGUCACAAUGGAGGAAGCUGUAUGCGAAGACUUGCUGUAAGCCCAGGAAUUACGGUUUUGGAGAGCAUUCCUGUAAUAAUAGUGGCAAAUGAACCACUUCAAUCAUUCAUAUGCAAAUGUAUGCCAGGAUACGAAGGGAAUUUAUGUGAAACCGAUAUUGAUGAAUGUUUGCCACUUCCAUGUCAUAAUGGUGGAACCUGCCACAACCUGGUUGGAGGGUUUUCCUGCAGUUGCCCAGAUGGUUUUACAGGAAUUGCGUGUGAGAGAGAUAUAAAUGAGUGCCUUUCCAGUCCUUGCAAAAAUGGCGGCAUAUGCCAGAAUUUUCCAGGAGGCUUUAACUGUGUUUGUAAAGCUGGCUCCACAGGUAAGCUGUGUGAAUCUGCCGUUAAUUACUGUGAAUGUAACCCAUGUUUUAAUGGGGGAUCUUGCCAAAGUGGAAUGGAUGGAUACUACUGCCAUUGUCCUUUUGGCGUUUUUGGAAAACACUGUGAAUUAAACAGCUAUGGGUUUGAAGAACUAUCCUACAUGGAGUUUCCCAGUUUGGAUCCCAACAAUAAUUAUAUUUACAUAAAGUUUUCUACUAUUAAAGUCAAUGCCUUGCUAUUGUAUAAUUAUGACAACCAUACUGGCGAUACAGCUGAGUUUCUUGCUCUGGAGAUAGUGGAAGAAAGACUGAGGUUCUCCUAUAACCUUGGUGGUGGAACGUACAAACUCACUACCAUGAAGAAAGUAUCGGAUGGACAUUUCCAUACAGUGAUUGCUCGCAGAGCUGGGAUGGCGGCAUCACUGACAGUUGACACAUGCUCGGAAGACCAGGAACCAGGGUUCUGCACUGUCAGCACUACAGCUGUGUCCAGUGACUGGACUCUGGAUGUUCAGCCAAACAGAAUAACAGUAGGAGGUAUCAGAUCCCUGGAACCAAUACUACAAAGAAAAGGACAAGUACAAAGCCAUGACUUUGUAGGUUGUAUAAUGGAAUUUGCAGUGAAUGGGCGUCCUCUAGAACCAAGCCAAGCUUUGUCAGCACAAGGAAUCCUAGAUCGGUGUCCAAGAUUUGAAGGAGCCUGCACUACAACUUCUUGCCAAAAUGGAGCAACCUGCGUUGAUAAUUGGUCCUGGCAGCAAUGUAACUGUAAAGAUGGCUUUACUGGAAAGCACUGUGAAAAAUAUAUUAGCCCAGACACUGCCUUAUCACUUGAAGGUAAAGGCUACCUUGAAUACACCAUGAGCCAGAGCAAGAAAAGAGAGUAUCUCUUAACACACCGUGCUGUGGAUACAGAAACUAUGUACAUUAAUAAUUUGGAGAUAAAAUUCAGGACAAGGAGUGACAAUGGCAUUUUACUUCAGGUUCAUGAAAGCAGCAAUUACACUAUGGUAAAGGUGAAGAAUGGCAAAUUACACUAUACGUCAGAUGCAGGAGGUGCGGGAAAAGUAGAAAGAAAUAUCCCAGAAGUGUAUGUAGCUGAUGGACGGUGGCACACUCUUCUAAUGGAGAAAAAUGGUUCACUAACUACUUUGUCUUUGGAUAAAACCUACAACCGCGAGAUUCAUCAUGUUACACAAGACUUUGGAGGGCUCAAUGUUUUAAGUCUUCAACUUGGUGGAUCUUCCCAUGGACAGAUAUCUCAAAAUAAUCCAAAUGGUUUUGAUGGUUGCAUUGCCUUUGUGAAGUAUAACCGUGAGAAUCUUCCAUUCAGUGGAAAACAUGACAUGGUUCGCAUAUCUAAGUCGGAGUCAUCAGUUAAACUAGGAUGUCGAGGUCCUAAUAUAUGUGCCAGCAACCCCUGUUGGGGGGACCUGAUGUGCAUAAAUCAGUGGCAUGCAUACACCUGUGUACCACCUGGGGAUUGUUCCUCAAACCCUUGCCAAAAUGGGGGAAGUUGUGAACCUCAUUCCCAAUCUGGAUUUACCUGCAUCUGUCCUGAGACACACAAUGGAAAACUGUGUGAAAUUGUCGUAGCCUGUCUUGGUGUAGUUUGCCCUCAGGGAAAUGUUUGUAAGGGUGGAUUAAAUGGAGGCUAUACAUGUACUCUAAGCACAAGUACUGAGCAGCUGUCUCUGCCACUUUGGGCUGUCCCAGCUAUUGUUGGGAGCUGUGCUACUAUUCUUGCUCUGCUGGUCCUUAGUUUGAUAUUAUGUAACCAGUGUAGAGGGAGAAAAAAUAAAGUGCCAAAAGAGGAGAAGAAACCAAAAGAAAAGAAGAAAAAGGGAAGUGAGAAUGUUGCCUUUGAUGAUCCUGACAAUCUUCCUCCAUAUGGUGAUGACAUGACUAUAAGAAAACAGCCUGAAGGGAACCCCAAGCCUGAUAUUAUUGAAAGGGAAAACCCAUAUCUCAUUUAUGAUGAAACAGAUAUACAACAUAGCUCCGAAAUAAUACCUAGUGCUCCUUUAGCUAUGCCUGAUACAGAAAUAGAGCACUAUGAUAUUGAUAAUGCCAGCAGUAUUGCUCCCUCUGAUGCUGAUAUAAUUCAACACUAUAAGCAGUUCCGGAGUCAUACUCCUAAAUUCUCAAUUCAAAGACAUAGUCCUCUUGGUUUUGCACGACAAUCUCCACUGCCUUUGGGUGCUAGCAGUUUAACAUAUCAACCAUCCUAUAGCCAGGGACUUAGAACUGCUACACUUGGCCAUUCUGGUUGUCCGCCUCCUAAUGCGUUGUCUCGUCACAGUCCAGCACCAUUUUCCAAGUCUUCAACGUUUUACAGGAGCAGUCCAGCACGCGAACUACAUCUUUCAUCAUUGGAAAUGCAUAAUGAUGUCUGCCAGCCUGGUAUUUUUAAUUAUGCAACUCGUCUGGGGAGAAGGAGCAAGAGUCCUCAAACAAUGGCAGGCCAUAGCUCCAGACCAGGAAGUCGCCUUAAGCAACCUAUAGGGCAGAUUCCUAUGGAAAGUGGACCCCCUGUUGGCCUUUCAAUAGAGGAAGUUGAAAGACUUAACACUCCCAGACCAAGAAACCCUAGCAUCUGCAGUGCAGACCAUGGGAGAUCUUCAUCAGAAGAGGACUGCCAGAGACCUCUUUCAAGAAUUAGGAAUCCAGCUGAUGGAAUUCCUGCUCCAGAAUCAUCUUCUGAUAGUGAUUCACAUGAGUCCUUCACAUGCUCAGAAAUGGAGUAUGACAGAGACAAGCCAAUGGUGUAUACAUCAAGAAUGCCAAAAUUAUCACAAGUUAAUGAGUCAGAUGCAGAUGAUGAAGACAAUUAUGGUGCUAGACUAAAGCCCCGGAGAUAUCCAGGCCGCAGAGCUGAGGGUGGACCUUCCGGAGCUCAGUCACCAACAGCCACUCUACCAGCUGAUAGUACAUUACCUAUGAAGCUAACCCAGCAAGCUAGCAAUUUCAACUGGGACAAUCUAUUGAACUGGGGUCCAGGUUUUGGGCAUUAUGUAGAUGUUUUUAAAGAUCUGGCUUCACUACCAGAAAAAGCUUCAACAAAUGUAAAUGAAGAAUCAAAGGCAAGUCCAUCUAAAACAGGUUCUAAAGAUGGUGAAACAGAACAAUAUGUCUAAACAUAUGACAUAACUGGAUUGUUGAAUUGCAAAUGCUUAUGACAGUCAAACAUUAUAUGUUUGUUUACAACGAAACGUCUCCAUUGUAAGAACCGGCCAGUGCAGUCUUUAAUUUAAAGGAGACAUUUUUAAAAUAAUAAACUUGUUGCUGCUGGAAAGGACUGAGAUGUAUUUAAAGCAAUUCUGUUCAUUAUUCAAUUUACCUGCAUGCAUUACACUUCACAACCCAAUUUCCAGCAUGCACAAUGUUAAGUAUCGGUCCUGCUUAAAACUGGUCCCAUUGUGAUACUUGUGGAUGUUAUAAUUGAUGUUGUUUUUCUCAAUUAUGUUAAUAAUACAGAUGUAGUACUUCAUUUUGUAAAUUGCUCCUAAGGGACGGAGACAUCGAAGGCUAGAUUUAUUCUCUAAGAACUUCUAAUGUACCUAGGCUAUAACAUUACAGAUCUAUAAUGAAUAACAAAAAUAUUGGCAAAAUGGGUGAUAAAAAAGGGAUUUUCACAGAUUCAGGAUGAUCGCACCAUAGGAUCCUCUUGACAUUUCUUUUUAUUAAAAAACUAAAAUAAAUUAGUUUAAAAAAGUUUCCAUCUUUGUAAAAUUGGGAUAUACUUCAAAAUGUCAUUCACUGCUUUCAGAUGAUUUAUUUUUGUAAAGACUUUUUCAAGCACACACUAAAAAUGGAACUUCCUUACUAGUUUUUAAUGAAAUUCUUACAUUAUAAAUUUGUACGUUGACAUUUGAACGACACUUUUGUGAUACUUUGUAUUGUGGAACAAUUUUUUUUUAAGUGCUUUUAUCCGAUCGGUUUUUGAUAUUGGUAUAUUUCCUAUGCUGUAUAGUUUUUUUUUUUACUUUCAGGGAAGGCAAGAAAAUGCUUUUCUGUAAAAUCUGUUACUUGUGUAACAUACAUAUUUUUCAAAUUUUGAUACAAUUGUAACAUAUCUGUAUGCUUUUUUCUUCUU